AUGGCGGCUAGGCCUGUGUGUGAGGUGAUGUCAAUUUUGAAAUAUGUAAUUUUUCAUUGGAAAUGGGAAGCUGCAGCAGGAAGCAGGAAAGACUUGUUGGAAGGGGAGCUUCUUAUUUCCAUAGAAGCAUCAAGUUCAGAACAUCAAGCAAACACUUUCCAUUAUGUGACAACCAUUGCCUUUGCAGAAAGCACAUGUGGUGACUUGGUGCCCAAGCAGUUCCUAAAAGAAAUUCAGUUACUGUUGUCAGGAUUCUCUGGAAAUUUGACUUGGCCUUCAGAGGAAGCUAGCUGUUCCCAGGACCUGUCAGACUUGGUACCCUUCCAAGUGACAGUUGAGGUUGAUGAAAAGCCCACCACUUUGAUGACAGAUUGUCUGGUUAUAAAACAGUUUUUGCACAAAACCAGCAUAGUUCACCCAAAGGUCACAUUUCACUUCAGCAUGAAGGUGAAUGGAGCCCUCUCCAAGGAAACCUUUGGGGCAGAGAAGGAGUCCAUUGUGAAGCUGCCGAAUGGGAUUGGACUGCUCACAGAUCAGCACCACUAUAUAAGGCCAGGAUCUCCUGGGGUCAAGCAAGUCUGUAGCAGAAUCCACCCUGUGCUGGGGCGUCCUGUUGCCCUCUUCGUUCCUGAUGAAGAAGCCUAUGUGGGCUUACCUGGGGAGCUGACCCUCACUCCAGCAGCUGCUUUGUGUCCCUGUGGCCACCAGCUUUAUCUCAACCAAACCAGCAGGCUCUCCACAGCCUUUGUAUUUCUAUAUGGACCUUCAGGUCUGCCUCUAACAUUUCCAAAUCAGAAGAAUCUGUUAACUGUCUUCGACAAUAAUUCCUACCUUUUGGACUGGAAGAAAUAUCACUUGCAUGCAGUACCCAACUUGAAUAUCAAUUUGGAGGAAGGCUCUUGCCUGCUUCCAGAUGUGAGUUACCGGAUAGAGUCCCCUGAGCAGAGCCAGCCCCAGGACUCAGGCACGGAGGAAGAAGCUCUGCUGCUCUUUCUCUUUGUGGAUUUCCCCAAUGGAUUUCCUGCUCAGCUGAUGGAGGCCUGGGGGAUGCAGGCUCAGCUUCUGACCCAGCUCAACAGCAUCCUGCUCCAGAACCACAGCCUGGUGCGGGCUGCCGUCCACAUGGCUGUGGACCAGGCCUUGGGGCAGCACUGUGGCCUGGUCAAGUCCCAACAGAAGGUGCAGGCCUCCAUCCCGGUGGCCGUGAGCUCCAUCCUGAGCAUCGUGGCUGGCAGCACCAGCAGCAGCUUCAGGGCACUUUGUCUCCAGACCCUUCAGGUGAGCCUUGGCCGUGUGGCCAUCAUCCUGGACGGGGUUGGGAGUUGGGAGACUCAGGUUCCAGCCCCAGGUUCUGAUGCUCAUGAGGACACAGAAGCACCUUGGCUCAGUCACCUCCCUUCUCAGGCCCUUAGGACGGGUCUUGGUGUGCUCAUGAAACUCCAGGCUGCUUCUCCUCUUGGGGUGUUGGGUCUUUUUAAAGCAUUUGACGGCCUCCAGCCCCUCAGCCUUGGGGCCGGGCAGCGUGGUGACUGCGCGCACCUCAUGGACAGAAAGGCCUGA